AUGGCGAAAAAGGCAAAGUCCUUGCUAUUCUCUUGCUCUUCUCCAAAAUCACUCCUAUCUUCAUUUCCUUCAUUCACUUCUCUCCCGGCUUCUCCUCUCAACCAGACUUUUUCUCAGUCGAUGAUGGAAGAAACCGUGGAGGCCACGGAAUCAAUCAUCAAGAAAUGGGAUCCAAACUCACCCUCCUACACAAAGAUCACCUCUCUCUUCAGCCACAGCAGAAAAGAGGCCAAAGAAUUCAUCAGAUGCGUCCGUGACUUACGCAGAGCCAUGCACUCUCUCGUCUCUCAACAACAACACUCUCAAUCUUCUAAGCUUGUUCUUGCACAGAACCUGAUGCAGAUCGCUAUGUCAAGGCUCGAGAAGGAGUUCUUGCAGAUUCUUUCUUCUAAUAGAGACCAGCUUGAUCCUGAAUCUGUCUCUGCUCCUUCCUCAAUCUCCAGCAAUUCAGAAUUCGAAGAUGUUAUGCAAUCUUCUUCUGAUGAUUGUUGGGUGAAAUAA